AUGGGCACCAAACGCAAGCGGAAGGAUCAAGAUGCAGUCGCAACAGCACCGGCUGCCAAACGACCGCAAAUCGACAAAAAAUCCGCAAGCGUUGCUGCACCAACUUUGCCAACAGCUAUCGAAAUAUCCCCCUUCGUCGAUAACCCGAGAGGACCCGAGCUGAAGAGAGAAGUUGAGCUCUACAAUAGUCUCACCAGUGAAGAUGGCUCGGAACGAUUGGCGGCAGCGAACGCAAUUGUAUCUGGUAUUCUGGGUGGAGAUGGGGUGGAAGAAUCAACCUUACAAAGACAUCUUGAGAGAAGACUGUUCCGGGGUCUUGCAAGUGGCAGGAAAGGCGCGAGGCUAGGGUUCAGUGUCGUCUUGACUGAGAUAUUGGAGCAAUUAUUCAGUGCGCAGUCGCCCCUGUCCGAAAAAUAUGCCAACUUGAACUUUGAUACGGUGCUUGGCUUUCUUGUUGCCAAAACUAAGCCAGAGGGAGACCUGAGUGGACAGGAAGAGAAGGAUCACUCCCUCGGCUUGCUCUUUGGGCUACAAAGCUUCGUGAGAUCGAAGGUGCUGUUUUUGGUUGAAGGACGAUGGGACCCUAUACUGGACAAGCUAAUUGAGCUUUCCGAGAAGAAACCGUGGAUCAGGGAAGAAUGUGGUUGGGUGGUUGUCGAAGCCGUCGCACAGAUGACCCAAAUCCAGGCGGAACACACAUUGGAGAGGUUGUUGAACGCUGGUCUGGCUAGUUCGCCUGAGGGCGUUGGCAUCUGGCUUACCGCACGCAAUCGCUUCCCCGCCAUGAAAUUUCCUUCAAAGCCUUGGGGACGGAGCGGCAAUCCUCUUCAGCAUUUGAAAACCCUGGCAAAGGCGUUAAAGGAAAGUUCUUCAAGCAACUCUACCGAGGACAAAACUACCCAAAUCAAACAAACUGGUAAUUGGAAUGCCCAAUUACACUUCGUUUGGAAUAUUGUGCUUGCCCAGUAUGCCCAGGAUUCAAAAGAUACAGAGAGUGACAACUUACAUAGUUUCGAGAAUUUCUGGAAAGUAGCAGUUGAUGAAAAUUUAUUCUCUUCAACUGCGUCUCGGGAGCGCAAAUAUUGGGGAUUUCUGCUCUUCCAGAAGAUGUUCCAGGACCCUGCAUUAUACGGCAAUCUAUUACCUGUUGUAUUUAGCCACAACCUCGUUCGGUGCCUCAUCAACCAUGUGCAAGAAAAAGACCGCUUCUUGAAUCGAGCAGCAGACAAAUCUUUGAAAGUCAUGAUUCAAGCGGCAGAGGCGGAUCCGCAGAUCGUGAUCACCAUACUUCCACGACUGAUAGGCGGGAACGGUAAUUAUAACUUUGACAAGGUUACAAAGACCAAGACUAUUGAUAAACUAUUGAGUAUUGUGGAUAAUGAGAACAUAAAGUCCGCCAUCGAGAUUCUCAUAACACCUACUCUAUCGGUCGAAGGGACUGAUGCUGCGAAGGAGGCAGAACUGCGUCGCCAGUUGCUUGGAGAUUAUAUCCUGAAUCUUGUCCGCCGAGUUAAUGUUCAGGAUGACUCAAAUAAUAUCAGCUGGAUCGGCGAGAUCGCAUUCCCAACUGUAGCUAAUGUGGCUUACUGUGAGGAUGCCAAAUUCGACCCUCCGGUAUCCAGAAAGACUCGCGCACUUUUCCGGAACCGCCUGCUGUCCAUGUUUGCGCAUUUGUUGUCUGAUCUGAAGGCAUUUUCCUUUUCCUGCGACCUUGCUCGAAGCAUAAAACCAGAUGCGGUUCCCAUGGAUGCAGAAAUUGUGGAAGCGAAAGACAAUGCGCUAUCUACAAUGGAAAAGCUCAUGAAGAAAGUCCGCAAGGCUGGUGACCAGCAGAAGGCACCGCUACAGGCACUAGCUUUGUUGUACUCCCUGGUCAUCUUCCAACUCUAUGACGGGGAGCCCGAGGCUAUUUCUAUCCUUGACGAGUUGAAGCUAUGCUACGACAAACUUAUUCGACACAAAAGUCACGAUGAUUCUGAUGUGAAUGCUUCUGAAGUUUUGGUAGAGCUUUUGCUCUCGUUCAUUUCGAAGCCAUCCGCACUCUUACGAAAAGUGGCCCAACAUGUCUUCAGUGCAUUUAUGACAGAUAUGACUGCAGAAGGCUUGCAGAUGAUGACCGAUGUAUUGGAGUCAGGUGAGAAUUUGAAGGGGCAGCAAGAAUUGUUCGACAAGGAGCCAGAAGAAGGCCAAGAGCUUGCCGAAGACGAUGAAGAUGAGCUUGAUUCAGAUGUAGAGGUUGUUGAUAUGAAUGGGGAAGAUAUCCAACUGAACGGCCAUCUGGAGGACGAUGAUGACGAGUCUGAGGAUGAUGCGGAAAACGAUGAAAACGAAAUGGUAGGUGACGAAAAUGAUGAAGAAGCCCAGAAACUCGAAGAAGCUCUUGCGAGCGCGCUUGGGACACACCGCCUAGAUCAAGACAAAGGCGCUGAAACAGAAUCCGAGAGUGAUGCCGACAUGACAGAUUCAGAAAUGAUGGCGCUUGACGCAAAGCUCGUUGAGAUCUUCUCCCUGCGCAAGAAAGAGCCCAGCAAGAAACAAGAGCAGAAAGAUGCUAAGGAGACUAUCGUCAACUUCAAAAGUCGCGUUCUGGACCUCCUGGAGAUAUAUGUCAAGAAGCAAGCUGAUAACCCUUUGGCCUUCGGACUUCUGUUACCUUUAUUGCAGCUUAUGCGUACGACCAAGACAAAACAACUCUGCGAAAAAGCAUACAAUAUCAUCCUCGCAUAUGCCAGGGCUGCCAAGAAACUGGAGGUGGCGGGGGAUGUUGACCCUUCAGCACAACUCAAGCUGAUAAAGGCUAUCCAUUCUGAAGCAUCCAAGGAUCCUUCACAUAUGUUUGCCCGAGCUGCAAGCACGGCGAGCUUGCUGAUUUCAAGCAGCUUGUAUAAGGCUGAUAAGGGGACUUUGAAGAAAGUCGCGACGGUUUAUAGGGAUUCCCAGAUUGCGUGGGUUGAUGGACAGGUCAAGAUGCAGGCUGUUAUUUUCUCGGACUGGGUCAAUUGGUGCCAGAGCCACGCAAAUUCUAGCUCGUGA